ACUUUAUUCUCAAUCACGUGGCUCAAGUCGACAGGCCAUUCACAAUGCUUCCCUCGCCAGAUGAUGCCUUACAUGUUCCCUUAUCUUACAUGUUCAUUCCGUAAUUCUCACUAUUCCAUUUCAGUUUUCAAAACACUUUGAUUGUAGAUAUAUACAGGCAAAAGUAGAGUACAACCUAGGGUUCCAAAAUUGAGAUAUAGGUUUCUUUCUCAUAUUCUCUGAUUCCAUUUCGAUUCCUCCCCAAUUCGGCGGCCACAAAUCAAUCUUCACUGUCUCCGGCAUGCCAUCACCUCCGAUCGAUGCAUAUCCGGCGUAAUAUGGUUUUCCGGGAAGUAUUGGGUAAAUAGGUAAAAGUUGUUGUAUGUUGAUGUAGAUUCUGUGAAGCUAAAGCAGGGCUUACAUUCGGUGUUAUAUAGGUGUGACUGUUGUGAUUAGGGAUUUGUGAGAAAUAUUAGGGUUUGUUGUGAUUGUGGAUUUGUGUAUUUGUUUUUUUUAAUUGGAUUUGAUUUCGAGGCUGUUAUGUAUAUUGAGGAUUUGGACGAAGGAGAGGAGUUGGGGAGUGGGGAAGAGAAGGAAUUGUGUGCUGCUGAGGUGGUGGGUGGUGGCAUUGUGGUUUCGGAUGCUAAGAGGGUACUAAUUGGAGCAGGAGCUCGUGCGCUUUUUUAUCCGACGCUUCUGUAUAAUGUGGUGAGGAAUAAGAUUCAGGCGGAGUUCCGGUGGUGGGAUCGGGUUGAUGAGUUUGUUCUGUUAGGUGCUGUACCAUUCCCUACUGAUGUUAAACGGCUAAAGGAGCUUGGUGUUUGUGGAGUGAUCACCCUCAACGAGCCAUAUGAGACAUUGGUUCCUACAUCUUUAUAUCAGGUUCAUGGUAUUGAUCAUCUGGUACUCCCUACAAGAGAUUAUCUCUAUGCACCAUCACUAAGUAAUAUAUGCGAGGCUGUAGACUUCAUUCAUAGGAAUGCAUCAAGAGGGCGAACUACCUAUGUACACUGUAAAGCUGGCCGGGGACGCAGCACAACCAUUGUUAUAUGUUAUCUGGUGCAAUACAAGCAGAUGAUGCCUGAUGCUGCAUAUGAAUAUGUGAAGUCAAUUCGGCCAAGGGUGCUUUUAGCCUCUUCCCAGUGGCAGGCUGUUCUGGACUACUACUAUAUUAAGGUGAAGGGGACCUGUAGAUUGAGCCAUAUGACCUGUCUGUCAUUGAAAACCCCAAAGAUUUUAACUGCACGGAAUCUCGUGGCAUUUGAUGAUAGCUCUUUAGUUGUGAUCACCAAAGAGGAUCUUGAUGGAUAUGAUGCAAGCUAUGAGUCAGUUCCAGCAAGAAGUGAGAUAUUGGCGGAUUUGAGUUUGGUUUACAGGGUUCGUGUGGCUGGUCAAACUGCUUUCGCAAGACUCUCUUGCCUGUGGUUUCGCUGCCAUUCUAUUCAGAAGAUUUCAAGUGAGAAUCUGCAUGAGGAGGGCAGCUGCUCAAUUAGUGCUGAUCAGCUGGGAGGUAUUAGUGUAAAUAUCCAUGUAUAUUGAGAAGUUACGUGUGAGUUUGUACAUAAGAUGUUCAAUGAGUUGACUUUCUUUUUUCUUUCUGUUAUUUAAAAUGGAUAAAAUCUUCUAAAUAACAGUACUGAAACUUGUUGGUCUA